CAGACAUGCAGUUCUCGACCACCUUCUUCCGGUCCGUCUACCUCGCGAUAGCCCUCGCCGCCACUGCCUCUGCGGCUCCCUUCGCUGGUAGCCUCAAGCACACGACCCUCCAGACCCGUUCCACCAGCUCGGGUCUCACCGUCGAGAGCUUCCACCCUGAGUCCUCGUUCGAGACGUUUGGCGUGGAAGGCGUCGACCACCCGCUUUCCAAGCGUGCGGACUUUGACAUCAAGGACGCGACUGUGUCCUUCAUCCAGUCUAAGACGGGUGUCAAGUCCGACAACGUUCAUUUCAGAACUUCGUUCUCAAAUGACGUCGCGCACCACGCGUACGUUCGCCAGCAAAUCAACGGCGUUCCUGUAGCGAAUGCGGUCGCCAACGUCGCCUUCAACAAGAACAACAAGGUAGUCUCGUUUGGCAAUUCAUUUGUGAAGAAGCCUUCAUCGGUCCCGUCCACAACCCCGUCCAUUUCCGCGGACGAUGCUAUCUUCAAGGCCGAGAGCGCCCUCUCUGGCAAGUACAACUCGCAUCCAACCUCCCUGGAGUGGGUCGCGAAGAAGGAUGGCUCCCUCGCGCUUGCGUACGCCGUCCAGAUCCAGAACGAUGCUAAACACGAGUUCUAUGAGGCGUUCGUUGACGCCCACUCUGGGGAGGUGAUCCAGCUGACCGACUUUGUUGCGAAGGCUUCAUACCGCGUUCUCCCUAUUACCAAAGAGACGCUUCUUGAGGGCUUCGAGACGCUCACCGACCCCGCUAACACCGCCGCGUCUCCCAACGGCUGGAACAGCGAUGGCACAACCACGACGACGGACACUAGCGGCAACAACGCCAUCGCAUACAAGGGUGACACCUCCAACACCACCCAGCAGUCGUCUUCCGGCCAAAACUUCGUGUUCACUCAGGACCCCGACGCGGACCCGACGACGCAGGAGAACCUCGAUGCGGCACGCACGAACGGCUUCUACGUCGUCAACACCGUGCACGACAUCUCGUACAUCUACGGCUUCACCGAGGCCGCGUUCAACUUCCAGGACGACAACUUCGGCAAGGGCGGGGCCGGCAACGACCGCGUCCUGAUUUCCGUCCAGGACGACGAGGGCACCGACAACGCGUUCUUCUCCACCCCUCCCGACGGGCAGAACGGCCAGAUGGCGAUGUUCCUCUGGGACCUCACUAGCCCCGAGCGCGACGGCGCUCUCGAAAACGACAUUCCCGUGCACGAGAAUACGCACGGCAUCUCGAACCGCCUGACCGGCGGUGGCACGGGGAGCUGCCUGCAAACCGACGAGGCUGGCGGUAUGGGCGAGGGGUGGUCGGAUGCGUUCGCGGAGUGGACGGAGCACAAGGACGCCAGCGUCCCCGACUACGUUAUGGGCCAGUACGUCACCAACAGCGCUGCGGGAAUCCGCUCACACCCGUACUCGACCAAUGCCACCACGAACCCCCUGCGCUACUCGAGCCUCAAGACCCUUGACGAAGUUCAUGAUAUCGGUGAAGUCUGGGCCAACCUGCUCCACAACGUCUACGCUGCCCUCGUUGCUGAGCACGGCUUUGACGAGAACGCUCACACCGACGCCUCCGGCUCUGGCGGGAACACGGUCUUUCUCCACCUCUUCAUCGACUCCUUCUCCAUCCAACCAUGUAAUCCAACAUUCCUCACUGGUCGUGACGCUUGGAUCCAGGCUGAUGCGAACCGAUACAACGGCGCGAACAAGUGCACUCUCUGGAAGGCGUUCGCGUCCCGGGGUCUCGGUGUCAAUGCCGCCAACCACAACGACGACUCGACGGUACCUGAUGGCUGCUGA